CCAGACGAGCUCUUCCGGGUCACGGGGCGCAGCUCCCGCGCGAUCCUUUCCCCAGCCUGUGCCGUAGAGGCGGGGACUCCCGCGAGGACCUGGCAGCCGCCGUAGGAACAGCGAGCGCUUCCGGGUCAGAGGCCGCGGAUCCCGUGGUCUUCUCUGGACACCGAUUCACCCAGGUAGCGCUACGGAACCAAAGCGCCAGGGCCUCACUGGAAGAACAUCCGGCGGAAGCGGAGUCGAGGGGCACGGGCGCCCGCAUUGCUCUGUUAGCAUCGCGAGCUGCGGGGCGGCGACCGCGACGCGGACGAUUUUUUUCCGCGUGUCCGGCCAGAACCGGACGUCCGGCCGGCGGAACUUUUAUCGCGCUCCCCAAAGCGUUCCCCUCGUCUGGCGGUCCGUUUCUCGCGGUACCGGAAGCGCAAUCGAUUUCGUCGUCCGGCGGUCCUUUUUUCGCGAGUCCUUGGUUCCGCGGAUCUUUUUACGCGCGUCAUGAAGCGGAAACGCGUUCCUCGGCCGGUGGGAAUUUUUUUUUCGCGAGUGCAAAAUCGCGUCCGGCCGCCAUCGGAACGUUUCUCUCGCGUCCCGCGGCUGACGGGAUUUUUCUUCGCGCACCCGGAAGCGGAACCGAGGUCCUAGGAACCAGGAACUUUUUUCGCGAGCCCGGAACCGCGGCGCUGACCGUGCGGAAUUUUUCUUCGCGCGACCGGAGACGGAACCGCUUCCCUCGGAUCCCGGAACUUUUUUCGCGCGCCCGGAAUCGCGACGCGGACCGGGCGGAACUUUUCUCGCGCGCCCGGAGCCAGAAGUGCGUCACCGAGAUCCGGUCGCCCUACGCGGCGGCAUCGCGGGCGGACGGAACAGCGACCACAGCGGAGACCGCGGACGGAGACGGAAGCGGAGCCCGGGCCGCUGCCAUGUCCGCCACGGCGGCCACCAUCGUGCACGACCCGUCGGAGGCGGAGCCGCUGUGCCCGGCGCUCGGCCUCUACCUGAAGCCGAUCACGAAGCUGGCGAUCAGCGUGGCACUGCCGCCGCCGCCGCGGCCACCAGGGAAGUCGGUGUCCAACUGGGAGGUGAUGGAGCGGCUGAAGGCCAUGGCAGCGGGGGCGGGGCCAGAGGACGGGGUCACGGCGGGGGUCACGGGGCUCGCAGGGUCGGGGUCGUUCUCCUCGCUGCGCAUCGCCAAGAGCACGCCGGAGUUCGUGCGCUUCGAGGGCGAGGUGGAGCAGCGGGCGCUGGUGCGGCCGAUCCUGGCGCGGCUGGACGGGCGCGGCCUCAAGCUGGCGGGCUUCCCAGACGCUCUGCGCGUGCGCGCCGCUGAGCUGCGCCCCCACGCCCCCGCCCGCCGCGACUGGGACGCUGCCGCAACCGACGCUGACGCGGACGAGGCCCGGCCCGGGGAGAGGCCCGACACCAUCCACCUCGAGGGCCUGCCCUGCCGCUGGUUCGCGCCCCGCACCGGCGGGCGGGGCGAAGCCGCUUCCGCUAGCACUUCCGCCAGGGACGAAGCCGCUUCCGCCAGUACUUCCUCCAGGGGCGAAGCUGCUUCCGCCAGUACUUCGUCAACUUCCGCCAGGAGUGAAGCCACUUCCUUUAGCACUUCCACCAGCACUUCGUCGUCCACUUCCGCCAGGAGUGAAGCCGCUUCCUGUGGCGCUUCCGCCAGUACUUCGUCCACUUCCGCCAGGAGCGAAGCCGCUUCCUGCGGCGCUUCCGCCAGCACUCCAUCGUCCACUUCUGCCAGGAGCGAAGCCGCUUCCUCCCGCGCUCCCGCCAGCACCCCGUCGUCGGACCGCCCGAGCGAGGCGCUGCUGCGCCAGGCCUUCUCGGCGUUCGGCGAGAUCCGCCAGGUGGACAUUCCGAUGCUGGACCCGUACCACGAGGACGCGGCGAGGGGCGGCGGGGUCAUCGGGGUCGGCGGCGGGGUCAUCGGGGUCGGCGGCGGGUUCCACCCCUUCGGCUGGGGUGGCGGCCUGCACUUUGAGGCCUACGUGCAGUACCGCGAGCACGCGGGGUUCGCGCGCGCCAUGGCGGCGCUGCGGGGCGCCAAGCUCAUGUACAAGGGCGACGACGGCAAGGCGGUUGCGUGCGGCAUCAAGGUGUCGUUCGACGCCACCGAGCACCUGAGCGAGGCUUCGAUCCGGCGGCGGCAGCUGGAGCGUCAGAAGCUGCGGGAGCUGGAGCUGCAGCGCGAGGAGCAGAAGCGGCGGGAACGCGAGGAGGAGGAGCGGCGGCGGGCACCCCGCAGGAAGCAGAAGCAGCUGGAGCAACAGCAGCGCGCGCGCCGCCGGGAGGAGAAGCUGCGCCGCCGGGAGCAGCGGUCCCUGCCCCGCCCCCCUCCGCGCCCGGCCGUGACUGGCUCCAGCCGGCUCAUCCCGGAUUAA